CCCACCACCAUGGGGGCUUUAGGUUUGUCUAUAUAUACCCUAUGACCGCCUUCUCACGCAUCUUCACCGAAAGAAAGAUCUCCAAGCCGAGAAAAACGAGCUUGUUUUCUGCAGCACAGUAGUGUGGUUGCCGGAAUUUUCUCCGUUCCGAUCGAAUGGCAGACACUUACUGCACGGACUGCAAGCGGAACACCGAGGUUGUUUUCGACCACUCCGCCGGUGAUACCGUGUGCUCCGAGUGCGGGCUUGUUCUGGAAUCGCGUGCCAUCGACGAGACCUCCGAGUGGCGUACCUUCGCCGACGACUCCGGCGACCACGACCCCAACCGUGUCGGUGGACCCGUCAAUCCAUUGCUCGGCGAUGUCGGCUUGUCCACCGUUAUUUCCAAGGCUCCCAAUGGCAACGGCGACUCGUCGCUCUCCCGGUUACAGAAUCGCGGCGGUGAUCCAGAUCGUGCCCUUGUUCUGGCUUUCAAAGCAAUUGCUAUCAUGGCUGAUAGGUUGAGCCUUGUCUCUACUAUAAAGGACCGAGCAAGUGAAUAUUAUAAAAGGCUAGAAGACCUAAAGUGCACAAGGGGAAGAAAUCUUGAUGCCUUGGUGGGUGGCUGCAUCUAUAUUGCGUGUCGACAAGAAGGAAAACCCCGCACCGUAAAAGAAAUUUGCUCAAUUGCCAAUGGAGCGACAAAGAAGGAAAUCGGCCGUGCAAAAGAAUUUAUUGUUAAACAAUUGAAGGUUGAAUUGGGAGAGUCAAUGGAGAUGGGAACGAUACAUGCAGAGGACUACCUGAGGCGUUUUUGCUCCAACCUUGGUAUGAACCAUGAAGAAAUUAAAGCUGUUCAAGAAACUGUUCUUAUGUCAAAGGAGUUUGAUAUUAGGAGGAGUCCUAUAUCUAUUGCUGCUGCAAUUAUUUACAUGCUCACCCAGCUUUCUGAUGCAAAGAAACCCUUGAGAGAUAUUGCUCUUGCAACUACUGUCGCUGAGGGGACAAUCAAGAAUGCUUAUCGAGAUCUCUUUCCCCAUGCUUCGAAGAUUUUACCGGAAUGGUAUAUUAAAGACAAGGACACCAAGAACCUUAGCAGCCCAAAGGCAUGAAAAGCUUGGAGUUGUGGGGGGUUUAUCGGCUGAUAUUAAUAAUAUAUACAAGACAAUGAUAUAUCUAGGUAGAGGGGUUAGAGAGAUUCAGAGAGUGGUGUAAUUAUCUCAAAGUUACCUCAAAUGACUAAAGUAACGGUGAGAUGAUUUCUGUUGAUAAACUUUUACCUUUAACUGAAUCAUUCUUUAUCCCUCUCGUGCCCAAUAGCAAUGUCCUAUUAGAAUGUGCCAUUUUUCAUAUACGUGUUUGUAUCUUUAGUGUGAUUUCUGCAGACCUUUAAUCUCUUUGGAGAGACUUGAUACAAGGAGCAUUCAUAGGCAAUCAAUUGCAAUGUUGGUAUAGGCUUUGGAUGUAUGAAAUCUCCC